UUAUUAUUAUUAUAACAUAACCAUGUGAGCAUUGAAACGUUUUUCAUAACGUUGAAUAAUCACAACCGACAAUCACUGUCAUUUUUCAGCUGUUAACUAUCAGUGUCACGUGUGUUUUAUAAAAAUCAACUAUUUACCCAAUGAACUAUCAAAUUGUAUCAAUUACAUUUUUAUAUCUCGACGAAUAACUAUUAUUUAAUUUUGUUAACCUCUAUUACAUAAACUGUCACCGGAAAAUUAAUUGGUUAAAUCCAGCACUCCAUUCAUAUUACUUACUCUCAUAAGUAUUCUCAUUAAUUAUAAACUUAUCAAUGAAAAUUUGAAUGACACGCAACAACUAAUUUUAAAAAACUUGAAAUGAUUUUAAAAUUAUAAAUUAAAGUUGGAGAUAAUAUAAGAAAGUUUUAAAAUGCACUGGAUAAGAAUUUCACAAAUUUUAUGUAUUUUUGGUUUUCUUAAAGAAUUUAGACCAAAUGAACCAUUUAUUUUUGAGUACUUGACUCAUCCGCCGAAAAAUUUCACUAGCACCCAAGUUACUGAAGAAAUUUAUCCAAUCGGAACUUACAGUAAUUUUGCGACACUAAUUAUCGUCUUCUUACUAACAGAUUUCUUGAGAUACAAGCCAGUGAUAAUAUUAUGUGGCUUAUCAGGCAUAAUAACAUUCAUCGGACUAAUAUUAGGCGACUCUAUACCGGCUUUGGUAUUCGUUGAAAUUUUCUAUGGGUUUUACAUAUCAGCGGAAGUAGCAUAUUACACGUAUAUUUAUGCAAAAGUUGAUAAAGAACAUUAUCAAGCAGUGUCCAGUUACACUAGAUCAGCGCUCUUGCUCGGUAGAUUUAUCACCGGUGUUAUAGGCCAGAUAAUAAUAAUAUACGGCUGGUUGGAUUAUCAUCAACUCAACUACCUCACUGUCAUUGGUCAAGUGCUUGCGACGAUUUGGUCGCUAUUUUUGCCGUCUGUUGGACAAUCGUUUUAUUUUCACCGCAAAGAACUGAUCGUUGAUUCUGACGCUGGAUCAUCGCAAAGAAUAAAUGAUGAUAAUGCGUAUAAAAAAUUGUCUUUUUACAGUAAAGUAAAAAGAGCGUAUUAUUUACUGUGGAAAGAUUUUGUAAAGGCAUUUACUAAUUUGUAUAUAAUUAAAUGGUCGCUCUGGUGGACCCUUGCUAGCUGUGGGUACUUGCAAGUGCUGGUCUACGCACAGUCUAUUUGGCAAACUUCUAUUAAAAAAAAUGAAACCAUUUACAAUGGGGCUGUUGAAGCGCUUUAUACGAUUAUUGGUGGAAUAACGGUUUACGGUGUUGGAAAAUUAAAACUCAACUGGGCGCUGCUUGGAGAUGUAAUAUUAUCAAUAUUUUCAUUUAUUAUGGCUGUUUUGUUAUUUGUAACAUCAUGGAGUUAUAAUAUUUUGUUGCAAUACGCAGUAUAUAUCGCUUUUGGUGUAAUUUAUCAUUCUCUCGUCACAGUUGCAAGCUUUGAAGUAGCAAGUAGAAUAUCAGAAGAUAGUUUUGGAUUGAUUUUUGGAAUAAAUGUUUUUCUGGGAUUAACAUUUCAAAGUUUAUUAACCUACAUCGUUACCAGCGGGAAUGUUAAAAAAUUUCAUAUCAGGACUCAGUUUACAAUUUAUGCCGGAUAUUUUGCCGCACUCGCUUUAAUAUUUGCGCUAAUAUCGGUAUUUACAAUAAUAAAAGCGUACAAAAAAAAGAAAAAAGUCAGCAUUGUCGACUGAAAAUAAUAAUAAAUAACAGUCUUGUCACCGAUUGAUGCAAUGUUGCAAUUACGUGACCAAUAACCGCGAAAUUGCUGUAGUUAACAAAAAGUUACCUUACCAAGAACUAUAAUGGUAAAUAUUAUUUUAUACAUCUGUAAAUAUCAAUAGUUUUCAAUUUUUUUAGAUGAAAAAUGUUUAAGCAUUGUGAUACUUCCGUUUUAUAUAGUUUUACCUCUAGAGUAUAAAUGAUUUUUUAUAAAUAUCUAUACAAAAAAUGUUAAGUUUAGAAUUUUAUAUAGGCCAGUAUUUUUUAUAGAUAAAUAAAUAAGUAAAGAGAAAAAGCCUUUUAUGUACAUGCAUUUAUUUUAUUUAUUUAGCGAGUACGUUAACUUUCAACACGUGGAAUUACCCACGCGGAACUCCAAAAAAAAAAAUUGUUUUGUUCUAUACAUUUACGUACGAGAAAACCUUGAGUUUGAAAGUCAAUGGUAUUAAAUAAUCUGAGUGUUUAAUUUUUGAAUGGGAAAAUCCCGGUAUUGUGUUUCAUGAUUUAUU